AACACGCUCCUGCUAUUGGAUGAAAGUCUGAUUAGGGUCAGUAUCUCAUGAAGGCAGCGGAGUUUCCUGUGAAAGAAAAAAAAACCUAGUGUGUCUUAUUAAACACACCGUUCAUGUGAGACUCAAUGGAGCUUUAAUGUAUACGUACAGAUUUAAUACAACUUAACGACCUGGAUGUGUAUUCUCUGGAUAAGGUUCAAACAGCUGGAUUUUAAUUAGCCCGACUUCUUUUGGUAAAGUUUUCAUUUUCUCGCGAUGUCCCGUGCUUCGGAACCGCUACCGAAAGCUCGCCAGGAAAGAAUGAAAGACAAUAAUGCAAAGAACAAAGAGAAAGAGCGGAUGAAGGCACGGGAGAAAGAGACGAAGGAGCGCGAGUCACGUUACAGCAAUGGUCACCUGUUCACUUCCCUCAGUGUUUCUGCCACCACACUCUGCUCCGCCUGCAACAAGAGCAUCACUGCGAAAGAAGCCCUCAGCUGCCCAACUUGCAAUGUGACCAUUCAUAACCGCUGCCGAGACACAUUGGCCAACUGUGCGAAGAUGAAACAGAAGCAACAGAGGCUGGCUCUGGGCAGGAACACCGCAACUUUACAUAACGUGGCCCUCCGCAGCAAAAAUCCAAUACUGAAGGAGAGGCCGAGUUCAGCCAUUUACCCGUCAGAGACACUGAGACAGUCUUUUCUUGGUUCCCGCAAAGGACGCUCUUCACUGUCCCUCAACAAGAGCGUCUCCACCAAUAACAUUGCAGGUAGUCUAAACGAUGACUCUCCUAUUGGCCUGCGGCGGAUUCUGUCUCACUCCACCGACUCUCUGAACUUCAGGAACAGAGCCAUGUCUAUGGAGUCCCUUAACGAUGAAGGAGAAACGUAUUAUACAUCAAUGAUGGAAGAGCUGGAGAGGGACGGGAAGGAUUUUGCGGCAGAUUCCUGGAGUCUGGCUGUGGACUCCUCUUAUCUACAGUCUCAACGCAAAGAUGUCAUCAAGAGACAAGAUGUCAUAUACGAGCUGAUUCAGACAGAGUUUAACCACGUGCGAACGCUGCGGAUCAUGGAGGGGGUGUUUCGCCGAGGGAUGUUAGAGGAGGUGAUGAUGGAGAUGGGUGUAGUUCACGCCAUCUUUCCCUGCUUAGAUCAGCUGCUGUUGAUUCACACAAACUUCCUAAGCCAGCUACUGCAGAGAAGAAGCAAUAGCCUGGCCUCCAACAGCAACCGCAACUUCACCAUUCAAAAGCUGGGCGAUAUACUGGUGGAGCAGUUUUCAGGUCAGAAUGCAGAAGACAUGAGGAAGUGCUAUGUUGAAUUCUGCAGUCGGCACUUAAAAGCUGUGAAACUGUACAAGGAGCUUUUGGCCAGAGACAAGAGAUUCCAGCAGUUCAUACGGCGGGUAAGCAGAGGUUCUUUACUGCGCCGCCAUGGGGUCCAAGAGUGCAUCUUACUCGUCACUCAGCGCAUCACUAAAUACCCCGUGCUCAUGCAGCGCAUACUAGACAACACUAAAGGUAAUGAAGAGGAGAGCAAAUCUCUAGCUCAGUCUCUGACACUGAUCCGGGAGCUCCUGUGCUCCGUGGACCAGCAGGUUCAAGAGUUAGAGCGAGCACAGCGUUUGCAGGAGAUCCAGUCCCGUCUGGACCCGCGAGCUGAGACCAAAGUUAAGGGUGGAGGAGUUUUUCACGGAGCAGAGCUGCUGCGCCGGGGCCUCAUUCAUGAAGGAGCGCUGCUGUGGAAAACUGCACAAGGCUCCAGACUAAAAGAUGUCCACGUUUUGUUAAUGACAGAUGUCUUGGUGUUCAUGCAAGAAAAAGACCAGAAGUAUGUUUUUCCAACUCUGGACAAACCAUCAGUCCUGUGCCUUCAGAAUUUGAUUGUGAGAGAUAUAGCCAAUCAGCAGCGAGGAAUGUUCCUGAUCAGUCACUCCACGCCUCCGGAGAUGUACGAGCUCCACGCUGCCUCCAAAGACGAUCGAAACACGUGGAUGAAAAUCAUUCAGCAGACAGUGAGCAAUUGUCCAUCAAGAGAGGAUUUCCCUUUGAUUGAAACAGAGGACAAGGCUUUGCUCCGCAGACUCAGAGCUGAUAUCCAGCAGAAGGAUCGUGAGGUUCUGGAGCUGUUACAGGAGCGUGUGACUUUGUUCUCUGAUUUGGUGGAGGCCACCGGAGGUCAGAAUGUUACCGUUCCCACAAACUCCAGAAAUAUAUUCCGAGCAGAUACGCCUUACGCACCCCAGGCCGAAAAGCUACUGAAUGAAGCCAUUGUUGAGGUGGACAGGCUGAGUGACGUCCUGUUAAGCUCCUGCAUUGAGCGUCCACAGUCCUGCAGACUCAAUGGUGAAGCCACAGAAGUACAGCUUACCUCUAAAACAGCAGACAAAGAAAGGAUAUCAGUCAAUGGAACUUACGACACAAACGGCCCAUCUAAUAAGGACAGGAAUGGAAACCAGCUGCUGGACAAACUAUUAAACGAGGAGGUGUGCCAAAGACUCGUGAACCUCAGCACUCAACUGCAUUCAAUACAGGCUGCAGUGAUCAGACAGGACUCGUUCCUGGAGGUGUACAUGCAGAAGGACACAAGUCCCACAACUGGUACUCCAGCUGGGUCUGUAGGAGAUUUUGCAGAGCUACAGCGCAAAUACAACCAACUACAAGGGGAAAUGAUUCGACUGCAAGCCGCCCAGGACAAGACCAGCAACGGGAUACCAGUUCAAGACCCGGCGAAAGGCCAAGACAAGCGUGAGAAGUUGACCUCAAAGGAGUCGGCAGAGCAGUUGGAUGGCAAGCAAGACGAGGGAAAGAUGGUGAUGUCUCCUCGAGCUGACAGUCCCAGAGAUCUGCAGGAUAUCCCCGAGGAGAGUGAGUGCGGGACUGAAGCUCACAGUUAACAUCAGCUCAACUGGCAGAAUCAGACUUCACCUCCUCCAAAACUCUAGAAAGCCACCUCAUCAGUCACAUCUGACUCGAGGCCUGUUCACAGCACCACAAAUGUUUCAUGCAAAAAAACAAUCCAGUGUGAUAAUCAUUUGAAUCUGAACCAAUGACUGUUAAUGGGUCUGUUCAGAACGACACAGAAAAAAGACUUGCUGUUAAAG